AUGGUGGAAGAUACUGAUGGUGUGCUCAAUUCUGUGCUUCAGGGCCAGGGUUUCGCCGAGGUGGGCGAGAUCAGAGAGUCUCAGGACACCGCUCCAAAAGACACAGCUGAUGAAUGGAUCGAGCAGACCAUAACGCUGCCCCCCGCUGACAUCUGGGCGGAGGUGAGGGCUCUGAGAGACAUGGUGGUGGUGCUUAGAGUGCACCUUGAGCUGCUUCAGAGAGAUCAUUCUGACUUACAGACCAGACUGAGAAGCAGUGAGAGUGAACUUCUUGUUAUCAAGUCCAGGAUGGACCAGUUGGAGAGAGAAAAUGCAGAGAAACCAAAGGUGGCCUUCUACACAGCUCUCACUGAUGCGGGAUAUGUUGGACCAAACAGCGCAGACAUCACACUGAAAUACAGCAAGGUCUUCACCAACAUCGGCAAUGCUUACAGUCCAGCUACAGGUUUCUUCACAGCACCAGUCAAAGGGGUCUACUAUCUCCAGUUCACGGUGUGUGCUAACCACACAGGCCUUAUGGGUGUAUAUGUGUACAAGAACAACCAGAAGAUCAUGUAUAACGUGGAGUGGAAGGAAGAUCAACUUUACAAGUAUUUCACUAACUCUGUCGUCUUGGAGCUGAUGGCAGGAGACGCCAUUCACCUGGUUCUCCCAUCAACCUAUUCUCUCUAUGACGAUAGCAAUAACCACAACACCUUCAGUGGCACCCUUCUCUUCCCACUGUGAGGAUGUCGUUUAGGCUGCUGUGUGAUUAAUUUGUCACAGACCCUGUUGUUGUUGGCUACACAGCAAAUAAUGGGAUUCUGAAUCUGACUUGCAUUUGAAAACAUUCAAAUAAAGCUUGUUAUCUUCAUAUAGAACAUGUACAUGAACUGUGCUGAUGUUCACAUACUAAAACAGUUUAACAUCUCAAACGAGCACAUUCAUUUUUACAGAAAAAUAGCCUCCUAGUGUGUUGUUGUAAUAGGCUAUUAUAUUACUGGGUUAUUGUUACUAACACAUGUUAAAGUGGCAUUUUAAAGUUAACAAUAAUAAUUCCCUUGAAAUAUAGCGGCAUCAAAGUAACUAGCACAGAAUGGAAACAGACGGUAUACCUAAUAAUGUUCCUCUCAGGUCUAAGCCAUUGUUUUCCAUUUACACUGUAAUGCACAAUUAUGUUAUUUACAUUAUCUUUUUAAAAACAAGCCUUGCUAUCAGAGUAUGUACGCGGCAAUGAAGUCACAUGAAUGUAUCUAUAUUACCAUAAAUACAAAAGAAAAACUAAAUGGAAAUAGAAUCUAACGGAUAUUCAUUCAAAUCACACAGCACAUUAAUGUUUUGACUUUUUUUAAUUUGUUCUUAGACGUAUUUGUGAUCAGGGGAAAACACAUAAUCAUUGUAGCUAACACAGAUGAAAACUAUUAUUUAAGUGCCUCUUUUUUUGUCUAAACAGUGAAUGUUGCCACUUCUGAAUCCCACUCAUUCACACAGUGGGAGACUGCUUCACCUGCUCAGACUGCCUGCAGUCGCCACAUGUCCUGCUUCCAUAUUCCCUAAUUAUUAUUUCAGGCUCAUGAGGUUUCAAGAAAACAGAUAAAUCUGAAUUAGUUAUAUUCUUAAUACUAUUAAUGCAAUUACUAUUACUUUAUUUAAGACAUUAAAUCCACAUUUGAAGGUUAUCAUUAUAACCUCCAUUUUCUAUGUUAUUUAUUCACCAGUUAAAAGAGCAAUUUUGUCAUUCAUUUGGAGUUAUGAUUGAUGUCAAGUAGGUGAUCUCUUUUAGCUUUGUUUUAUAGAAGGCAUCCAGUUUUAAGUCUAUGCCAGCUUUCUUGAAUAUCUGAGGGUAAUAUGUAUAUGUUCUGCUGCUAAAUGUUCCAGGCUUGUUUGUAUGUGUCAAUAGUUGUGGUUGUGUGUCACGGGGGUUUGGUCCAAUCCCAAAGUCUUGAGGGACUCACCUGUCCCCUUAAUGCUUGACACAGUAUAAAUACGAAUGGGACAGUAUCUUGCUACCAAAUAUCGUGACGAUGCUAAAAACAUUGUGUACAAUUGUUUGUUUUCAUUUUUUACUUCGUGAUUUUAAGGACAGGCGGUAAUUGCCAAAAAAAUCAAUGUACUCGUUUUUGUCAAAGAGCUUUAAUAAGCUAAAUUAAAAGAAAUGCUUGAUGUAUAAACUAACGUUAGGUGUGCCUUAUAGCAUAUGCUUGAAAUACUCUGAUUUCAUCUGUUUGGGGGACACCAUCCUAAGUCUUUAAUGUUUCAUGUGUUCAUUUAAUAUGCCAGGCUGAACACCCAUUUGCCAUCCUCUCUGUUAACCUUUUUUUCUCUCAGCCUCCGGGCUUCCCUGCUAACUGUUCAUUUUAAUGUCACAGAGCUAUGAAUUGUGAAUGAUUUCCUCUGGGAAAGCAUGUGUUUGAAAUCACCAUAACAUACUACUUAUAUUAAGUAUAAUGUCAAAUUGCGAUAUUCUUGCUCAAUGGUGGUGUUUUGUAAAUAUCUUAUUUGACUAUUACAUUAAAUUUUAAAAUCAGGCAGUAAAAAAUGUCAAAUCAAAACCCACAGUUGUACAUAACAUGUAUUGGGGUCGUCAAGGUAACAAGGUAUGUCGCCACUGUCCCAUUUGUUUUUAUACCAUCUUGAGCCCUUGCUGCCUCUCACACUCA